UCAAAAUAUGGUUAUAUUGAGACUUUGAGAGCGGUUGAAAAUGGAGGAGAAGAAGAUGAGCGCUUUAGUUAAUGGUGGUAAAGAUGAUGAAAAUUUCCUUCCUGGGUUUCGCUUUCAUCCAACUGAUGAAGAACUUGUAGGGUUUUAUCUUCAAAGGAAGGUGGACAAGAAACCUAUUUGUCUUGACCUCAUCAAACAUAUUGAUAUAUACAAACAUGAUCCAUGGGAUCUUCCAAAAAAUGAAGCUGGUAGUGUUGGAGAAAAAGAGUGGUACUUCUUUUGCAGAAGAGGAAGAAAGUACAAGAAUAGUGUAAGACCCAACAGGGUCACCGGAUCUGGAUUUUGGAAAGCUACUGGCAUAGACAAGGCUAUAUAUUCUGUCAAAGAACCUCAUGAAUGCAUUGGCCUGAAAAAGUCCUUAGUCUAUUAUAGAGGAAGCGCUGGAAAAGGUACCAAGACUGAUUGGAUGAUGCAUGAGUUCCGUCUCCCAGCAAGUAAAAGCACCAACCCUUCCGUCACUAAAAACACUACUCAAGAAGCAGAAGUUUGGACACUCUGUAGAAUUAUAAAGCGAGAUGUUUCUUAUAAAAAGUGGCAAGAGAUCUCUUCUAAACCAAGUCUGACUGAUUCAAGCUGUACAACAUCAUGUAGCUUUGAGUCCAACAUUGACAGAGACAGGUAUUUGAACUUUGGAGCCUCCGCUGCAAUGGAAAAUGAAAGGAAGCAUUUCAGUGAUAUCUAUGAAAGGAACCAGUUCAGUGCAGGACAGCUGAGCUUAACAGGUGAAGUCCCAUAUAUGGCUUCAUGUGUUACCGAUUUGGACCCAAACGGAGAUGAUUAUUCUAAAGAAGGAAACUGGGAUGAGCUCAUGCCAAUGGUUGAAUUUGCAACUGAUCCAUCAAUGCUAUAUAGUUUUAGGUAGAUAUAGAAAAUUGACGUCUCUAAUAUACUAUUGCUCGUUUACUUACCCCCCCAAAAAAAAAAAAAAAAAAAGACACGGAAAUAAUGUACUGUUACUUGAUGUUUGCUUACCCGUGACUGACUUCUUUUUUUUGGGUAAACUGUGUCUGACUUCUGUUCCUCGUUAUAACUGCAAUAUGAAAUGACAGAUGAGAAAGAGAAAUUUUAUCUAA